AUGGAGUUCUACCUCUUAGUAUCAACUAUUGUUGCAACAAUAUUUGUCCCUAUUCUUCUACACCGUUUAUUACUCCCUAUCCUCCACAGAAAGAAGGAAAAAACAGGAAUGAACGUAAUGCCACCACAAGCAAAAGGGGCAUGGCCGAUAAUCGGACACUUGCACCUUUUGGGUGGACCUGAGCUACCUCACAAGGUUUUAGGUGACAUGGCAGAAAAACAUGGCCCUAUUUUCACCAUUAAGCUUGGUGUUCAUCAAGCUUUUGGUGAGGCAUCAAAAAUCAUGGCCUAUAAUAAUGCGGUGUUUGCCCUGGCUCCAUAUGGGGACUAUUGGCGAAAAGUGCGCAAGAUAGUCGUGUUGGAGGUUCUUUCACAACGAAGAGUUGAGAUGCUUGGACAUAUUCGAGCUUCAGAAGUUAGAGCAUCAAUUAAAGAUUUAUAUGAUAGUUGGGUAAAGAACAUACUUGGUGAAAGUUCCGAGAUGGUGAAGGUGGAUAUGAGUCAAUGGUUCGGGACCUUAAUUCUAAACAUUAUGGUUAGGAUUAUUACAGGAAAGAGGUUUUCGCCAAAUGAUGAAGAAGGGGUUCAAUGUCAGGCUGUCGUGAAGAAAUUCUUUGAGUUAUUGGGGGCAUUUGUGGUUGCUGAUUUUAUACAUUAUCUAAACUAUUUGGAUGUGGGUGGAUACAAAAAAGUGAUGAAGAAUACUGCAAAGGAUUUGGACAAUAUCUUUGACCGAUGGUUAAAGGAGCACAAACAGGAGAAUAAGUCUAUACAGGAACAUGAAGGGAACCAAGACUUCAUGCAUGCGCUAAUUUCCUUUCUUCGAGAUGCUUCUAAAGAUGAAUUCCCAGGUUUUGACCAUGAUACAAUUAUCAAAGCGACAAGUCUACAACUAGUAGUAGGAGGUGUCGACACGACAUCUGUGACAAUAACGUGGGCUUUAGCAUUGUUACUCAACCACCCAAAAGCAUUAGAAACUGCACAAGAUGAAAUUGAUGAGCAUGUUGGAAGGGACAGACUGGUGGAGGAGUCAGACCUGAAGAAAUUAGUCUACCUCGAUGCGAUCAUCAAAGAAACUUUGCGAUUAUACCCAGCUGGACCUCUGUCUGUUCCUCACGAGUCAUUGGAUGACUGCAUUGUGGGUGGCUACAACAUUCCAAAGGGAACUCGUCUUUGGGUAAAUCUUUGGAAAAUGCAACGUGACCCAAAUAUAUGGUCAGAUCACGAAGAAUUCAAGCCUGAGAGAUUCUUAACAAGUCACAAGGAUAUCGAUGUCAGGGGAAACCAUUAUGAAUUGCUUCCUUUUGGUAGUGGAAGAAGAAUGUGCCCUGGUGUUUUAUUUGCCCAGCAAAUUUUGAGUUUAACGCUAGCUAGUUUGAUACAACAGUUUGUGCUCAAAAAACCAUCAAACAAACCUGUUGAUAUGACUGAAAGCAUGAGUAUGACUAACAGAAAAGCAACACCACUUAACGUCCUUUUGGGCCCUCGUUUAUCCUCCAAUAUGUUGAAUGUUGGUUCGUGAUAUAUCAACUUCAAAUGGCCUACAAAUUUCACUCCAUCAAUCAUUCUCCAUAAAGCCAUCAGUUAUGGUGGGGGCAAGCAAAAUUACCACAGCAAAUGUGGAAAUGUGGUCGAUCUUCAGUACGGUUUUAGAAUACUCUUAUUACUUAUAUAGUUAAUAAAAGCUUGAUAAUUAUUAAGUAAUGAAAUAAAAAGCUUGAUAAUUAUUAUGUAAUGAAGUCAUGUGGUUGUAUUAUUCUAAUCUGGU